AUUAUUAAACCUAGGGGAGGACAUGGCGGACAAAGUCUUGCCCGACAAAAAAUGUUACAUGGAUGUAGAUCUUGGAGGACCCCGCAAGAGAUCUCGGAUGCACCCGCCGAGAAGCUCCUCGACUACGGACUCCGGUCUCCAGCUGUGCAGGACUCGCACGUGUCAACUUUCACCGUCUUCGGCGUUGCGAGGAACGGCGUUUCCCUGGCACGUGUCCUACGCUUCUCCCUCAUCGUUAUCCUCUCCCUUUCCUCCUCCUGCCUCCGAUACCGAACAUACCGAACAUCGGCCAUCCUCGCUCUCUGAUGUGAGCCCUAGCUCGCCGUCCGCCGACGCAGCCGCCGUCGUUAAUGGCAGAGAUCCCCUUCGCCGGCAUCCUCGACCUCCGUCUCUCACCCGUCUCCUACAAGACCGCCUCGCCGGGUCUCCUCCCCCUCCGCCGCUCCCUCUCCGGAUCGCCGCCGGCGAGGCCGAGACCAGCGUCCCACACGUUCGCGAGGCCUUCCACCCCGCCCUCCCUCGAGAUCUGCUCUACCACCGGUACUCCAGAUCCUCACCCCCUUCUUCCUGCUUCGAUUUCUCUGCCAUGAAUCGGAUCUUUGCGUCGAGAUCGACGUGCUUUAUUGCCUUCGUCUGGUUCUUCUUCUUGUUGUUGUUGUUGUUGUUUACUGGGAGUUUGGUGGUUUGGGCAGAGUGCUCGGACGGGAGCAUCAUCUUUCGAUUCGGUGAUGCUGCUGAAUUGAAGCAGGACGGGGUUGCGAUCGAGGCUGAUAGCUCGGGUUCAGAGGAGACGGAGGUGAGAGGCUCUUCGAUGGGAGAAUUUGGUGAAAUCGAUCAGGAAACGGUGAAAAGAUCCGAUCUUGAGCUGGAAGGAUCGGUAUCUCUGGAGAGUGGCGACGGAGAAGGUACUCAGACUGUAGAAAAAGCUCCAAAAAUCGAGUCUUGCGAAGGCAGAGAGGAUAGUGGGAUACAGAAAGAAGAGAAAGUUGCUGUUUUAGCGAUGGAGAAACUGAGAGAGAUAGAUGUUUCCCAUGGUGAUGGUAAAUUGAGGACGAUGGCUACAGAAGUAAGUGAACAAUGCUCUACCUCAGGGAUCAUCGAUUUGGAUGGUUCCUUGAAGGCGGAGAAGAAAUUGGAAGGAAUGGAGGUUUUGGAUGGUGAUCAGACAGUGCAAACUAUGGAUUUGGAAGUUAAAGAAGUUCCACAAGAGAAGGAGAAGGGGAGUUCAAAGCCUAAUAUUGCAGUGCUGGAAUCAAUGGAGCCUCUGGGUAGUCAUCAGGAAAAGAGUGCUUUCGCUGUAGAGAACAGUGACAUUCCAGAAAUUGUGAAAAAUUCUGAACUGGGUGCAAGAGCAUUGGAAACAUCAGAAAUUCCCAUUAAUGUCGAGGAUAUAAAAGUCAACUCUGUGGGUGAAACUUUACAAGAACCAAGGAGUUCUGAUACGGAUAAUCAGAGAUGUGACUCCAGUGAUGAAAUCCGCCUUGCCGCAGAAGUUCCAGCACCCAGUGAAGUUGAUAGCAUGGAAAGUAUUUUGGAAGAUACUGAGGCUUCAGAGGUUUCUAAUGCAAUGGAUGCCGACCUUGAUGUGGAUGUUGAAUCAAAUUCCUCUUCUAUAGAAGAUCAAGCAAAGAAGAAUACGGUUGAAAGAUCAAUGGUGGGCCAAAUUAUGGAAAUGACUGAACAGAAUAAUGGGAGUGCUGAAGUGGCUGGUCCUAACAGUGUGACUCCUAUAUCAGCACCAUCACUUUCCCUGUCUUCAGGAGCUGCCAUCUUACCACAUCCUUCAAAGGCGUUGACAGGUGGGGAAGAUGCAUACUUUGUGGCAUGCAAAAACUGGUUCGGCGUAGCUGAUGGAGUAGGUCAGUGGUCACUAGAAGGAAUCAAUGCAGGAUUAUAUGCUCGAGAACUGAUGCAGAACUGUGAGAAAUUAGUUUCAGAAUGUCAAGGUGUCCCAGGAACUAAACCUGACCAAAUUCUAAUUCAGAGUGCCGCUGAAGCUCGUUCUCCUGGUUCAUCUACUGUUCUGGUUGCUUAUUUUGAUGGACAGGUUCUUCAUGUGGUCAAUAUUGGAGACUCAGGAUUUAUUGUGAUAAGGAAUGGCACAAUUUUGAAGAAGUCCACCCCGAUGGUUUAUGGAUUCAAUUUCCCCCUGCAGAUUGAAAGAGGAGAGGAUCCUUCAAAGUAUAUAGAGGUCUAUGCAAUUGAUUUAGAUGAAGGGGAUGUAAUCGUGACCGCAACGGAUGGCCUGUUCGACAAUCUAUACGAACAGGAAGUAGCAGCAAUGGUAUCCAAGUCCCUUGGGGCCAGCCUCAAGCCUACGGAAAUCGCCGAGUUCCUGGCACUGAGGGCUCAGGAGGUCGGAAGAUCGCCAUCGGCGAGAAGUCCAUUUGCUGAUGCAGCCCUUGCAGCUGGAUACCUUGGUUUUACCGGUGGCAAACUCGACGAUGUGACCGUCAUUGUUUCCAUCGUCCAGCGAUCGGACUUAUGACUUCAUCUUCCAUGAAUCUGUAGUUAUUUAAAUCCUUAUUUGCACUAUGGUUUUGGUGGUGCGGGCAGUCUACUUGUGCAAAUAGAAGGGAGGGUACAAAAGGUGUAAUCUGGUUAAUUUCUACUCUGAGCUGCUGGACUUUGUGUUCGGCUCAAGUUUUGGGCUGUGUAAUAAAUUCCCAGUGUUUGGUCAAUGCAUUAGCUGUUCUGCUUUCAAAUCUAACAUAAA